CGACUUUCCGAAUAGUCCGCCUAAAUGCAUUCUCUUGACUAGGAUUUUCCAUCCGAACGUCUCGGCCAGUGGUGACAUUUGUGUCAACACGCUAAAGAAAGAUUGGAAACCUACCUACGGCAUCACUCACAUUUUGACCGUGAUUCGUUGUCUUUUGAUCUAUCCCAACCCUGAGUCGGCUUUGGAUGAAGAAGCGGGCAAGAUGUUGUUGGAUGACUAUGAAGGGUAUUGCAAGAGAGCGAGGAUGAUGACAAGUAUCCAUGCUGCUCGGGGAGGUAAACCAGUUGAGUUCCAGGAUCAGAAAAAGGCGGAACCAGAGGACCCAUUGGUACCCUCGUUACUGGACGGACCAGGACCUUCUGGAACCCUACAGUCGACCAGAACAACAAUCGCUAAUCCUUCAAGUACAACCUCAGUUCCGACUCAGCUGAAUGAAACCAUUACUGCCACAUCGAAACGAGCUGCUACAGACAAACCACAA